AUGGAUAAAAGGUUGUGGAAACACAUUCAAUUCUGUAAUGAGGUAUGGCUGAUUCCUGUUCCUGUAAAAACCUCUCCAAUCUUUGGCCACGCACUGACGUUGAAGAGAGAUCCACACGAGUUGUUCACUCAGACUAAAGGUUGGGUAGACAAAUGUUAUGCAGAUGGAUUGUUCUCUGUCUGGCUAGGAAGAACUCCUGUUGUUGUCCUUUUUAAACCAGAAUAUGUUGAGAUAUUAUUAGCAAGUCAGAAAAACAUCACUAAAACACCACUUUACAUAUUUCUCCAUUCAUGGCUUGGAACAGGUCUUUUAACCAGCACCGGUAACAAAUGGAAAUCUCGUCGAAGGCUUCUCACUCCAACAUUUCAUUUCAAAAUUCUGAAUGACUUCGUUUCUAUUCACCAAAAACAAUCUGCUAUCCUGGUUGAAUUACUUCAGGAAAAAGCUGAUAAGGGUGAAUUUGAUAUAGCUCCUUACAUCACGCUCUGUGUCUUGGAUAUCAUAUGUGAAACGUCAAUGGGUAUCGACAUCAAAGCUCAAUAUGGCAGUAAUCCAGAAUAUACAAAAGCCGUGUUUAGCACAUGUGAACUUAUUCAAGAACGUCAGAAGUCACCAUGGCUUUGGCCAGAUUUUAUAUAUAACAUAACGUCAUCUGGAAGAAGUUAUCAAAAAGCCUUGAGUGUUCUCCAUGGUUUCACAAACCAGGUGAUUAAUGACCGUAUCGAGCAACGAAAAUUACGGAAAUCAGAGAAUUUCGAUGGUUCUGACGAUAGAGCGAUAUAUUCGUCUAGUAAUCGUCGUAUUCGGGCAUUUUUGGAUCUUUUGUUAGAGGAAUAUGAUCAGGGAAAUAUAACGAAGGAGGGCGUCAGAGAAGAGGUCGAUACAUUCAUGUUUGAGGGUCACGACACAACAGCGGCUUCAUUACAAUGGAUCAUUCAUCUUCUUAGUAUUAAUCCAGAUGUUCAAUCACGCUUGCAACAGGAAGUAGAUAAUUGGUAUGGUAAGUUUUGCUAUUUCUUUCUUCUGGAUGUUUCUGAUAAAACUUUGCUACAAUGUUUGCCUAAGAAUAUCCAGAGUCAACCUCGUACCCAGGGUUUUAUUACCUACGCUCCAUGGGUACGUGAAUCUUUACCGCCGGAUGGAAAAAUUAAACCUGAACAACUGAAGGACUUGAGUUAUCUGGAAUGUGUCGUGAAGGAGGGAUUGCGAUUGUUUCCGUCUGUACCUCUCUUUGGUCGUGAAUUGACGGAGGAAUGUAAAUUCGGUCCAUACCGUGUUCCUGAAGGAUGUAGCAUUAUUGUGGCUUUAAUGGGUUUGCAUCGUAAUCCUGAAGUAUGGGAGAAUCCAGAGACGUUCAAUCCUGACAGAUUUCUUUCAGAAAAUAACGUUGGAAGACAUCCUUUUGCCUAUGUUCCUUUUUCUGCUGGACCAAGAAACUGCAUUGGGCAAAGAUUUGCUAUGAUGGAAGACAAAAUAGUAUUAGCAUCCAUCAUACGUCAUUUUAAUAUCAAGUCGACUCAGUCGUCUGAUGAUAUUAGGAAAAGUGCAGAAAUUAUUCUGAAAUCCACAAGUGGUAUUAUGGUGGAGUUGGAAACAAGAAUUUUUUAAACAUGUUCGAUGCCGCUCUUCUAAAAUUGAAAUUACUGACCUCUACAGACGACCUAGACCCACUGAGCUCUCACGUAACUGGAUUGAUAACUGGUGAUGAACCUGGCUCACAUUUGAAUGUCCACAUCAAACGAUUUCUAUAAAUUUAGGCUGAAAUACCUGACACUCAAA